AUCGAUUUAUUUUCUCGUCACAAAUUGAUCAAUAAUGCCUGAAGAUGCUGACAACGGAUAUGAACGACUUGAGGAUAUUACAAAUGCAGUAAAGAACGAAGGAACAGAGGUCACUCAUGUACUACGUGACGUCAUCAGAAACUAUUCGGAUUUGGGACAUGAUUUGCAAGAAUAUUACGACAAAAAUCUGAGAAAGUUUCCGGAAACUGUCGAGCGUACCGCAAAUGACGUGUACCAUUUCGCUCAAACUUUCAAGGAAGAUGUCAACUGGUUCGGAAACUUGAUGAUGAACAUGUCUCCUCCAGAAAAAUCGUCUGGGUUUAACAUCUCGAAGACUUUCGCAAACGCCACAUUUCUUCUAAUUGUUGCCUCCAUCUCAUCAUUCAUUGGUUCAUAUAUCACUGCUCCAGUCUUUGGAAUCAUUUUCCUUAACCUUGGAGCAAUUCUCGUCAUCACUAUUGUAAUCCCUCUCAUUGCCAGUUAUGUGUAUUACAACUUGAGAGUCCGAUCAUUGGCAGAAAAACGAAUUGCAAGCUGUGCAUUCAUUUUUGUUCAGUCAGUACUAAUUGGGUUCAUAAAUCAGGAUGAUUGGGUUGAAUCUGCUCCGUUUACAGUUUUUACACAAAUGAUUGCAUCAUUUGUGUAUCCAAUGGUAUUGAUUCAUACUGACAACAGACAGAAAAUCCUUGGUUCUGUUGCUGGAUUAUCGAUUUUUUGUCAUUUGUUCAUCGGACUCAUCUUUUCUGGAAUCAAUGGACCUUUUUUGAUGAUGGCUGUCAUGUAUACUGUUCUUGCCGUGGCUUUAAUUCAAUAUUCUAUUGCUUUUCGGACUCAGACUGACUAUGAUAUGAUGCACUUGGCUAUGCAAUACGUAUUUCUCGUUUCUGGUGUCAAAAUGUUUGCUCUCAUGGAAUUUGGAACUGAUACAUGAACUAUUGACCUAAUAAAUCGCUUUGACAAU